AGUCGCUUCUAGUGGAGAGUGUGUUGAGACAAGCCCAGCGCGGGUCGGGAAAACUUUACCCUGCAUCCCUCCGGGUUCCCGGCGCAGUUUGUUCCCCCCUCCCGUUAAACACAGGGACCGACUCUGGAUUAUGCACCUUUGAGAGGAAGAGGAGCUGUUUCUGCCAAAGUGCGGCUGGUUCGCUGUAAUUUCUGCGUGUUGCUGAGCGCAGUUUCCGGAUUUUCUGCUCUCUGGCUUUUUUUUUUUUGGAGAGAUUUUCUCUGCAAUUGUUGGGAAAUUUUCCAGUGUUUUAUCUGUUUUGAAUUAUAGCCAAGAAGAAAGACAUUCACCUUCACAAAUCCUGCAUCCACAGGCGUAACAUGGACACACUUGGACAACAAGGGUGAAGUCUUCGUUUUCAGAGAGAAGUUGAGCUCUGUGCUCAAGUUCAACAGGGCCACUUCCUGAUGAUGACAGUAAACAUGGAUGACGGUCUCCAGAAUGGACCUGGACAGCACAGGAACACACAAGAUGACGAGGAGGCGCUCAACUCCAUCAUGCAGGACCUGGCCGCUUUGGGUCGCUACUCCAGCCACAAGCCCAAAAACAGAACCUUACUCUACAAACAGGAUUUAAGAGUCAAGCUGGAGCAUGAGAGAGAAAAGCGGAUCAUACCGUUUCAGAGGCCGCUGAAGAUCAAAGAGCUUCUGCAAAAAGUCACAGAGGCCUUUGGUCAGCAGAUGGACCUCUUCUUUAUGGAGAAGGAGCUGCUGCUGCCGCUGAAAAGCCAGGAGGACCUGGAUCAGGCGGUGCUGUCUCUGGGCAACACUUCAGGAACUAACGGGCUGCUCAGGAUUCUGCUGAAGACCCCUAAAAACAACCCUUAUCUGCAGGUGAACAGCCGGGACAAGCAGAGUGAGAUGAAGUCGUCGCGGUCAUUAGGAGACCUGAAGGGCUCGCUGCUCAAAGGGUCGGAGAGGGUCCGCAAACACUCAACGGGUUCUCUCCACACCGGCCGGACGUCCCCUCCUCCGGGCAGCGUCCCUGAGGAGCAGCAGCAGAUCGCUCGUCAGGGCUCGUACACCAGCAUCCACAGCGAGGGGGAGUUCAUCCCAGAGACCUCUGACCAGAACAUGCUGGAUCCCUUCGGCAGCGCAGGCAACUCGCUGUCAAGCAGCUGUCAGUCAAUAGAUCAAGCUCUGGACAGCCCUCCGUUCUCACAGAACAACCGGGACAAUAAUUACCUGAACCUCAACUACGAAUACAAAGGUCGACACGGGAAGGGAGGAACUUUCCCACGGCAGUUCCAGUUGCCCAAUCGCAGCAAGGAUUAUGGCGACCGUCGCAGGACGCUCCCGCGCAGCUUCAUGCCCCAGGAGAACCUUUUCCAGCUGGUUCCCUCCAGUCGCACACGCAGCUAUAACGGCGACAGCUCGCUGACAUUCAGCGACCUGCGCUCGCUGGGCCGGACUGCCGACAAAAGCUGCCAGCGCGGCACUGCCAAAUCACCACGGGCGCCAGUCAACUGGCGGCAGGGAAAGCUCUUGGGACGAGGGGCGUUUGGGGAGGUCUACCUCUGCUACGACGCAGAUACAGGCCGCGAGCUGGCCGCCAAGCAGGUGCCCUUCGAUCCUGACAGCCAGGAAACGAGCAAGGAAGUGAAUGCUCUGGAGUGCGAGAUCCAGCUGCUGAAGAACUUGCGUCAUGACAGGAUCGUUCAGUACUACGGCUGUCUGCGGGACCUGGAGCAUAGAAAACUCACCAUUUUUGUUGAGUUUAUGCCUGGGGGCUCAAUAAAGGACCAGCUGAAAGCCUACGGGGCCCUGACGGAGAAGGUGACAAGGAGAUACACCAGGCAGAUCCUUCAGGGAGUUUCCUACCUGCACAGCAACAUGAUUGUGCACAGGGACAUCAAAGGUGCUAACAUCCUGAGAGACUCCUCUGGGAACGUCAAGCUCGGAGACUUUGGAGCGAGCAAACGGAUCCAGACCAUCUGCAUGACUGGAACAGGAAUCAAGUCUGUCACUGGCACCCCCUACUGGAUGAGCCCCGAAGUGAUAAAUGGGGAGGGAUACGGCCGGAAAGCUGAUGUUUGGAGUGUCGCCUGCACUGUUGUUGAAAUGCUGACUCAGAAACCUCCCUGGGCCGAGUACGAGGCCAUGGCCGCCAUUUUUAAGAUCGCUACCCAGCCCACCAAGCCCCUGCUUCCAGAGGGCGUGUCUGACUCGUGCAGGGACUUCCUGCGGCAAGUGUUUGUGGAGGAGAAGUGGCGCCCCACGGCGGACUUCCUGCUCAGCCACCCGUUUGUCCAGGGUAGCUUCUGAACGCUGAGGGACCCCUGGCAGAGUUAUCCCCCCCCUCCGUGCACUGCCUGCAUGGCCGCGGCGGUCCCGGCUCCUCCUCCCCUUCUUCCCGUCACCUGGUUACAGGGUUCAGCAACACUAGCUUCCCUGCUCUAUAAUCGAUCGGUGUCUGCCUUGUCCGUACUCCUUCGGUUCUCGACGCCUGGCACAACAUAGACUGUUUACUGAGAGGCGGGGCUGACUGCGAUCAGACCUCCAGAGUCAUCUAAGGCAUCUGUCGCUGGUUGCCUCAGAAACGGGCCGCCAGGGUUGCACUUCAACAGUCUCAAAGGAUCCGGGUCAGCAUUCUUCAAGGAGAGAGAAGGAAAAGUGGCCAAACUCGGAGCACAGAGACAGACUUUAAGCUUUCUGGGGUCUCUCUUCGCCCGUCUCACUGUCUCGCUGCAGCGUCUCCACGAUGAGUUGACAUUGUGACUGACUGGUGACGCCGCUCACAUCUGAUAGUACUGUAACUUUCUCAUCAGCUUAAUACAACUGAAUGAAAUUAAGAUGGAAAAAAUAUUUUUAUACAACACACACGGUCAUUUUAGAUCCGAUUUCUACUGUCACCUUUAAGACAAAUAUGAUGCAUUUUUGUCAAUGCCUUACAAUAAUGAUUUGUAAGUAUGAAUGUCUUUUUUUUUUUCCCUAACAGCCUUUCCUUUUUUCUAUUAUCACUCCAAACCCCAUUCAGAAGGAUUGUUAUAAAGUUGCACUUUUGAUAUCAUGUAUUGAAACAUUUACAUGUGCGAGAUAAUCAACCGAGGAGAUAUUUUUCUAAUAUUUUUUUAUUUUUAUUUUUUUUUUACUAUUAUUUUGAUAUGUAAAGACAACCAAACAUUUGCAACUACGUGCAAUGUCUCUUAAGCAAUAACAACACUGCUGUAUGAGUCAGAGACCGUCGUCCCAUCUUACCCGUCUGGUGAGCCUCGUUCCAUUUUCCGUUGGCCAAAGAGGAUUUGCAGAACAUGCAGUAUUAGUCACAGCGGACUUUUUGCCACCUCAGAGCCCUGAAAGCCUUUUGUUUCUCCGUUAACGGCAGCUUUGUGCACUUUGAACUGCACAGACCAAAUCUGAUGCAUUACGUUACUGUGGUGUUUAAAAUGUUCGCAGGGUUCCUAAGCAGCACGACAAACUUUCAGGCUGAAAUUCUUAAGAGUUCUUAGUGCUUUUUAGCAAUUUUUAAAGUAUAAACUACAAACUGGUGUCAUGUUUAGACAGUAGGCAGGAUGAAUGGAUGGACAGAUGGAUGGCUGGAUGGGUAAUUAAUGGCUUGAUGGUUAGACAGACAUGUAGAUGGACAGUUGGAUGGAUGGACAAAUGUAUGUUAAGAUGGAUGGUAGAAUUGCAGACCAUUCAGUUACCAAACAGAUAGGCUGAUGGUCAGAUGGAUAGACAGUUGAAUGCACAAACUGGAUGGAUGGAGUGCUUGUAGACAAUGGACUCGAGAAUAAAGUCUAAAGUCUGGAAAAUACUCAAAAAAAAAAAAAAAAAUCCAUAUUUUUCCCAGACUGUUAAUAGGAACCCUGCAUUGAAAAAAAAAAACAGAUUGAAGUUCUCUUUAUGUUUGUAAGUUCAGUAUCAAUCCAGUGAGCCACCAUGCCUUCCUUUAGCUCUAGUCAGACGGACCACUUUACGAGCUGACAGCACAUCUUGCUCUGUGCGACUCUCACAGAACCAAACUGUUUUCCUUAAAUGAAACCUUAGGGACAAACUGACGUUGGAUGUAGCGACGAUUUGUUGGCGCUUAUGGAACGAUCAAAUGUUUUUUAAGCCUUCUCGGUGCCUUAUCCGUUUCUCUUUGUAAACGAAAAUCUUCACUGCCAAAGCCGAGAGCUUCCCUGUGAGGUUGCUCUGUUAGAGAGCACACCCAGGAUUUACUUAUUCUGUAAAUACCUUGUUCUGCGCUUUUGUAUUAAAUCUCUUUUACUUUAUAGACAGAUCUGUUUGACUAGAGUCUACGUUAUACAGCAGACUACUGCGGCUAAAAGGAAAAAAAACAAUAACUUGCCACAAGAGUGUGUAUGACUGUCUGAGAGCUGGCAGGCAAUAUUAAAGGACUGGAAGGCUUUUGAUUGACACAGAGCUUGUUUUGUUUGAAAUGACAAAGCCUUGAAACAUGAAAUGUAUCAAGUCAUCGAUCUUUUGUACAUUUAACUUAAUAAAUCUAAGGUCUAAGACUGUA